AAAAAAACCAUUCUUGAGUCUUGACUCUUGAGGAGUACAAGCAUUUGGUGUGUAAGCAUUAAACCAUGCAUAACAGGAUUGGUUGUGAGAACACUGAAUGGAAAGUCUCAAAGUCACAAUUCCACAGAAAUGUUGGAAUUUGGAGUGCAAUGAUAAUUCGUGGGAAGAAGAUGAAGCAGAUGCAACCUGUAAUGUUAACCCAGGCUCAUGUUACGGCACUUACUGAUCAUGGAAAAGUUGAAUAUACUGAUCCAAUUGCACUAAUGCAAAAUCAUGCUGGGUUUCUGGCAAUGUCAGCUUUACGUGAAGAAAGGAUGAUUCCGUAUCAUCCUACUGACCCUACCACUGGAGGCAGCAUUGACAAAGUCGAUUCAAGCACAGAAGGAGGAGAAGGAGAAGGAGAAGGAGAAGGGGCCAUCACAUCAUGUGAGGCAGGAGUCGAACAUAUUUCUCCCAAUGUCACUAAGGGAAACUAUAUCGGGGUUGAAGAGGAUAUUGUAAGUCGAGAUGAAUCUGGAACUGAUGAUGAAAAUGAGGAUCUUGACAACAUAUGGAAGGAGAUGGAAUUUGCAAUGGAAUCUUGCAAGGAAUAUACUGAGUAUCAGUACUCUGAUGAAGAUGAUAAGGACGAUGAAGAUGAUAAGGAAGAUGAUCAGGAAGAUGACUGUCACCAUUCUUUUAUCUUGAAGGAUGAUAUUGGCUAUGUUUGCCGUGUUUGUGGACUUGUGCAAAAGAAAAUCCAAGAGAUGUUUGAGUUCUUCUACCCAAAACGAACAAGGUCAAAUUCUUGUUAUCGAAAUGAACCUCAAAACAUCGAAGAUGACAAACUUGAUGACCCUCUUCCUGAUUGGUGUAAGCAACUGCACAUGGAUCAAGGUGUAAUCGAACUAUUAGCUCAUGCACAUCACAUGAAACAGAUGAAGCCCCAUCAAAUUGAGGGCUUCAAUUUUCUGCUUAGAAAUUUGGUAACUGAGAACCCACACGGUUGUGUUUUGGCUCAUGCCCCUGGCUCCGGAAAAACAUUCAUGAUGAUAUGUUUCAUGCAAAGCUAUCUCGCUAAGUACCCUUCUGCUAGACCAUUAGUAGUCCUUCCAAAAGGAAUUUUAGGCACAUGGAAGAAGGAAUUUCAGAGGUGGCAACUCGAUAAAAUUCCAUUGUACGAUUUCUACUCAGUGAAAGCAGCCAAUCGCUCACAGCAGCUGAAUGUUUUGAAGCAAUGGGCAGAGCAGAAAAGUGUUCUUUUUCUAGGGUAUAAACAGUUCUCUUCCAUUGUGACAGGUGAAGUUACUACCAAAGAAAAAGCUGCUUGUAAAGAGAUAUUAGUGAAAGCUCCAACAGUUCUGAUAUUGGAUGAGGGUCACACACCAAGGAAUAAAGAAACUGACACACUUCACUCACUGAUUCAAGUUCAGACACCUCGGAAAGUUGUUCUUUCAGGCACCCUCUAUCAGAAUCAUGUUAGAGAAGUUUUCAACAUUCUGAACCUCGUUCAGCCUAGAUUUCUGAAGUUAGAGCGUAAUCAUGUUAUAGUCAAGCGUAUUAUGAGCAAAGUUGAGAUUUCAGGUGUCAGAAAACAGUUGACAGGAGCAGGCGAUACAGCCUUUUAUGACUUAGUAGAGAGCACAUUGAGCAACGAUACUAAUGAACAAAGGAAAGUUGGGAUCAUAAAAGAUUUGCGUGAGAUGACAAGCCAUGUUCUUCACUAUUAUAAAGGGGAUUCUUUUGAUGAGUUACCAGGACUAGUAGAUUUUACUGUCUUGCUUAAUCUUACACCUAAGCAAAAGGUUGAAGUUGAUGAGAUGAAGAAAAUGAAAGAAAGUAAGUUCAAAUGUAGUUCCUUGGGGAGUGCAAUAUAUGUGCAUCCUGAGCUGAAGCAGUUAUCAGGUAACAACAAAGAAAGCAAACAUGAAAAUAGUAGGGUUAUUAUAAGUGAUGACGAAAUGGACCAAAUGAUUAAGAAAAUGAAGAAUCUUAAAGAUGGGGUGAAAGCCAUUUUCUUCCUUAAUGUGCUACGUUUAUGCGAAAUUGCUGAAGAGAAGUUGCUAGUUUUUAGUCAGUAUCUUCUUCCUUUGAAGUUCUUAGAGCGAUUGGCAGUUCAUGACAAGGGUUGGACUGUUAAUAAGGAGAUAUUCAUGAUUACAGGUGCAUCAACUACAGAACACCGUGAAUGGUCCAUGGAACAGUUUAACAGCUCACCUAAUGCUCGGGUGUUUUUUGGAUCGAUUAAGGCAUGUGGGGAAGGAAUAUCACUUGUUGGGGCAUCACGUAUUUUAAUACUUGAUAUUCACCCGAACCCUUCUGUCUCUUGGCAAGCAGUAUGCCGCGCAUUCAGGCCAGGACAACAGAAAAAGGUGUUUACUUAUAGAUUGGUUGCAGCUGAUUCUCUUGAAGAGGAUGAUCACUCAACUUGUUUCAGGAAAGAGGUAAUAGCGAAGAUGUGGUUUGAAUGGGAUGAGUUUUCUAAGAAGAAGGAUUUAAAACUUGAAUCAGUUGAUCUGGAAGAUUGUUGUGAUAUUUUCUUGCAGAAUCCCCUGCUUAGGAAAGACGUCAAAACUUUGUACAAAAGGUUGUGA